AUGUCGAAAUCUAUGUCAAUGGAAGAGUCGUCGAGGAGUGUCGUUCGAAGUGGCAAGGGUAUUCAAAGUGAAGGUCUUGAGACAACGAAGAUAAAGGAAGGAAGCGUGUCUCUUCAAUACCCACUCCUGACAAAGACAAAUUACACGGUAUGGGCUAUGAAAAUGGAAAUUUAUAUGCAGGCACAAGGUGUUUGGGAUGCGAUCGAGUUAGAGGGAUCUGUCGAUAAGAGCAAAGAUAAGAUGACUCGUGCAGCAAUCUGUCAGGGCAUAAGUGAGGAGACCCUGUUACAGAUAGGAGUAAAAAGAACGGCAAAAGAAGCAUGGGAUGCCUUAAAGAUGUUGAAUCAUGGUGCGGAUAAAGUAAAGGAGGUCAAAGCACAAUCGCUACGAUGGGAGCUCGAAGGACUCAAAAUGGAAGAGAGCGAGUCGGUGGAUGAGUUCACCGGAAGAGUAUCAACGAUAAUUAACAAAUUAAAAGCUUUGGGAGAAAGCGUCAACGAAGGUCUAUCGAGGAAAUUACCGGAUCACUUAAGGCGCAUGAGGAACGGUUAA